CACACACACACACUCACGCUCGCUCUCAUUUAUAGUGUGCACUUGUUGACUCUUCAGAUCUUCUGAUCUGGCGCGUCGGGUAACACGCGGCCUUUUUUUUUUUUUUUUGGAGUGAGAAACUUGAACCAAAACCGAGAGGGACCGAGGUCUGCAGAGCGCGAGAGGCACUCAUGGAGGACUCUACGGAGGUGCGGACCGAUGGCAACUCCCUCCUAAAGGCCGUUUACCUCUGCCGCUUGCGACUGACCCGAUUGCUGCUGGAGGGCGGGGCUUACAUUAAUGAAAGUAACGAGCGUGGAGAGACGCCACUGAUGGUAGCCUGCAAGACUCACCACAAUGACACUCAGAGUGUGCCAAAACCCAAGAUGGUCAGGUAUCUCCUGGAGAAUGGCGCAGACCCGAAUAUCCAGGAUAAAUCUGGCAAGACAGCACUGAUGCAUGCCUGUGUGGAACGGGCUGGGGAGGAGGUUCUGUCCCAGCUGCUGUCCAGCGGAGCAGAUCCAAGUUUAGAGGACCACUCCGGUUCCUCUGCACUGGUGUACGCCGUCAAUGCUGGGGACAAGAAAGCUUUGCGAGUGUUACUGGAUGCCUGCAAGGCCAAAGGCAAGGAGGUCAUCAUCAUCACCACAGACAAACUCCUUUCUGGGAGGCAAAUGACCAAACGGUACCUAAAUAUCCCUCCUUCGCCAGACUCGGAGGACCAUUUGCACUGUGCUCCCACUGCCUGCAUGUCACCCUCCGAAAUUCAGCUCUGCGCUCCUCAUGUCUCUCCACAGUCAAGCCAGUCAGAGACUGCUCUUGUAAACCUGAGGGAAAACCAGGGAAAGGGUCACACCUCAGACAUGGUGACAAGCGUUUGUCCGAAGCAGGCGUCGCCCAUGCAGGAUCCAAGCACAAUGCGAGCAGUGGGUGUGGCCAAGCUUCUGCACUUACAGAGGCUCCACUCGGAGCCGUGGCUAAAGAUCCCUCCGUCCCUGUUGCUCCAGCAGAGCAAGGCCUCCUCACUGACCGAGGAGCUCCUGGAUAUCACCCCAGAAGAGGAGCUCUCCUUUGGCUUCAACUGCCACCAGCCCUUGCCUCAAAAAGUGCCUUUGGUCACUCGGCAUCAAAGCAUUGAUGCCAAAGAUGCCACUGGUCUGCUCCGUGCCUUGGACCAAGCGGCUGCAGCUGAGAACGAGCAAGCGAAGGAAGCGAAAUGGCUGAACCGCAAAAUGUCCUACGAUGGCAUUUUGCUGCCACACUCCACCUCACACCAGAACCUCCUCAAAGCUGCCUCGGUCACAGAGCCCGUCCCUGUGGGCGAAGACCCAUACUGCCCGCCCAACCUAGUCGUGUCCAGUCUGCGCAACGUGGUCCAUCGCCGCAACAUUGGCAUGGACCAUUACAGCUCAGACUCCCAGCUUCCCCAGUUUGGGAGCCAGCACUCGGACGACUCCGGCAAGGCCAGGGCAGGGGCGGAGGGUGGCGCAGGGGUGACGGAGAAGCGCAAGUUGAUCUCCAGCCGAUCCUCCACCCUGUCUGGUUCAAGGGAGUCCCUGGAGAGCAUCGUCCAGCGGAGGAGUCCAGCGUUGGCAGAGCGUCGGGGUUCCACAGCUCUCCUGCUGGACCAUAUAGCUCAGACGCGGCCAGGCUAUCUGCCGCCGCUAAACCCCCACCCGCCCAUCCCUGAUAUCAAAGCCAGCACCUCCAAUAGACCCACCGGUGGAACCAAGCCUGGGCCCGCCCCUUGCGCUGUGCCUGGGAACGUAUCCAUUGCAUCUGGCCCGAGACAUUUUGUCCCCUGUGCCCCAAGCUUUCCCAGAGACCCGAAGGCCAAGAAGACUCUACUGAGAAGGCAUUCCAUGCAGACGGAGCAGAUCAAGCACCUGGUUAACUUUGAGGAGAUCUUUGGACAGUAAAUGCUUGUGCACGUUUUGGGCAGUAUGACAGCUACAGGUGGGCGCAAACCAUCCCGAAGUGAUGAAUGCAUGAUUGUGAUUCAUAGUAGUCAAACAUUGUGUUCAUUCUGCUUAUUUGGGUGUGAAAAUGCACUGGCUGUUUAAAAUGCACGAU